GCGGUACAUCAGCACGGAGCUGGGCAUGCGGCAGCGGCUCUUUGUGGGCGUGCUGACCUCCAAGAGCUCGCUGAACACGCUGGCCGUGGCCGUGAACCGCACGCUGGCCCACCGCCUGGAGCGCCUGGUGUACUUCACGGGCACGCGGGGCCGCAAGGUGCCCCAUGGCAUGACGGUGGUGACGCACAGCGACGAGCGGCCCAUCUGGAACAUGUACCAGACCAUCAAGUACCUGCUGGACCAUUACGUGAGCGACUUCGACUGGUUCUUCCUGGUGCAGGAUGAUACCUACACGGAGGCGCACCGCAUCAGCCGCCUGGUCGCCCACCUCAGCAUCGACACCCACCUUUACCUGGGCCGCCCCGAGGAGUUCAUCGGUGGGGACACCGAGGGACGCUACUGCUACGGGGGCUUUGGGUACCUGCUGUCCCGCAGCCUCCUCCUGCGCCUGCAGCCGCACCUGGAGAGCUGCCGGAACGACAUCCUCAGCGCCCGGCCCGACGAGUGGCUGGGCCGCUGCAUCAUCGACUACACAGCCAUCAACUGUGCAGAGGAGCAUGAGGGCCUGCGUUACCAGUACUUUGAGCUGGGGAAGAAUAUAGAUCCUGAGCGGGAGACUGACCCACAUUUCCAGAACGCGUUCACUGUCCACCCUGUGCUGGACCCUGUCCAGAUGUACCGGCUGCACAAGCACUUUGCACAAGUGGAGCUGGAGAGGACCUACCAGGAGAUCCAGCAGCUCCAGCUGGAAAUCCAGAACUCCAGCAGCCUGUCUGCAGAUGGGGACCACAGUGCCACGUGGCCCAUUGGCAUUCCUCCCCCAUUCCAGCCCAAAACCCGCUUUGAAGUGCUGCGCUGGGAUUACUUUACAGAGGACCAGGUGUAUGCGUGUGUGGAUGGCUCCCCCAAGUGUGAACUGCAUGGUGUGGACCUGGCAGAUGUGGCCGACCGGGUGGCCACUGCCACGGAGGAGCUGGACCCGGGCGGCAUGGAGGACGCCCUGCACCUGCAGGUGGAGGUGGUCACGCAGAAGGGGCACAGCCGCUCCGUCACCAAGCGUGUGCACCUGGUGCGCCCCCUCAGUGAGGUGGAGAUCAUCCCCAUGCCCUACGUGACGGAGGCCAGCCGCAUCAACGUCAUCCUGCCACUCACCGCCCACGACCGGGACUACGCCACCCGCUUUCUGGAAACGUACGCGGCAGCUGCCUUUGAGAAUGGCGAGAACGCAGUGCUCACCUUCCUCUUCAUCUACGACCCCUUUGAGGCCCAGCAGGUGACCCAGAAUGACAUCUUUGCCCCAGUAAAGGCCCAAAUCACCGAGUAUGAGCGCAAGUAUGCGGAGGUGAAGAUCCCCUGGAUCAGUGUGAAGACAGAUGCACCUUCCCAAAUCAAGGUCAUGGACAUCAUCUCCAAGAAGCACCCUGUGGACACACUUUUCUUUGUGGCAGGGCAAGUCUUCUUCCCUAUCCACUUCCAAGGCUACAACCCUGCCAUUGCUUACCACAACCAGGUGCCCCCUGCCACGCUGGACCUGCUGCGGGACGCGGGGCGCUUUGACCGUGAUGUCUUCCAUGAGGCCUGCUUCUACAACGCCGACUACAUGGCGGCUCGCACCCGCAUGGCAGGCGACGUGCAGGAGAAUGAAGACAUCUUGGAGACCCUAGACAUCUAUGAUAUGUUCAUCAAGUACUCCAACUUGCACGUCUUCCGGGCCGUGGAGCCUGCCCUGCUGCAGCGCUAUCGGCACCAGGCCUGCAACCCCCGGCUCAGCGAGGAGAUCUACCACCGCUGCGUGCAGAGCAGCUUGGAGGGUGUCGGGUCUCGUUCCCAGCUGGCCAUGGUGCUCUUUGAGCAGGAGCAGGGGAACAGCACCUGAGCCCAGGCACGGAGGUGCUGGCCCUGUCCAGCCUCCUGCCUGCCCCAGCCGCUCUGCUGCCCGGAUCUGCCCUCCUCGCCCUGGUGAGCGUGGCGUGGCUGCAGUGGUCACCGCUGGCUGGUGCCACAGCCCACGGCUCCCCUGCACUGGUGCUACCCAGGUAGUGCUGGCCCCUCCCAGCCCGGGCGGCCUGGGAUGUUCCAGAGCAGCUGUGGUCUUUGCAGACCCUCCUGUGGGAUUGGGUUGGGAUUCCUGAGCUCAGAGCCAGGACACCUGGGUUCUUAUCCCGGAGCUGCUGCCUGUGGUCCCUCUUGCUCCUGGCUGUGUUGGCUGGCGGGAGGAGCAGAACUUUCUGUCCCUUGCUUUAUCUGUGACCUGCACCAUCCCCAGCCCCCUCAGCCCGAGCACACACCGAGCCCGAGGCCCCUGCUGUGGGGCUGUGACUGCGAUGAGUUACCAGCUGGGCCUUGGGGAGCUGCCAUGUUUUCCCCUGACCCCCUGAUACAGGGCUGCAUUUGCUCCUUAGCCUCCUCGUGCUGGGCCCUCUUUGGACACUAGGACAGAAGGGAGCAGAGCACUUGGUC